AGCAUAUUUGCGGGCGGAGCUAAGGAGGCUGAGAUGGAGGGAUGCUGCUGAACAGAUAGCAGGUGGACACCGCUGAUGUUUACAUGAUGCACUUUGCAGAGGGGGGAUCAGAGGAAGCUGGAUAGAAGAUUUUUGUUUUCGUCGUACAGAGUACAUUUCACUCUGGGGCUGGUUUUGUAUUUAUUUUUAAUCGCAGAGAGAUCUGAGCUCCGCUGCUCAGCAGACCGACAGACUGCGAAAGGCUCCGUCUGUGUCUGUCGUGUCGCUGGAGGUUGCGACGAUGUGAAGCUCCAUCGUUGGGUCGACGGCCGAAGCCUUUUCCCUGAAACCUGAUAUUAUGCAGGGAACAAGGCGCACUGGACGGAUUAAAGGGGAACAAAGCACCGGUUUAGAAAACGUUUUGCAAACUGGCAGAAUUAGCCAACUAUGGUCGACCCCUCAGAGGCUGAGGAGCAGAAUAAGUGUAAAGGUCCACAGCUCAACACACCGGCUGUGGCCACUGACGACCCUCGACUGCCAGAACAGGCUGACGGCACUACAACAGAGGAGGAUGGGGAUGCCGGUUUUGAGACACCGCCCACCGGCAGUUCUGAGCCGAGCCCCUGUCACUCUGCAUCCCCAACGGGGCCAGACGCCGCCUGUCAGGGGGCCCCAUCUCAGCAACCACAGACUCAGACUGACAAAGAUCUGUCACCCAAAUUGCACCUGGACCUGUACAACUUUGACUCACCGGCUGCAGAGGGUAGCCGAUACGUGUUAACAAGUCCCCACUCUCUGGAGGCGUGUGCUCGAUGUGGGGUCAAACCUGUGGAGCUCCUGCCCCGCCCGCUCUCUGACUUUGCCCGGGAGGCUCCCGGCCGCUCUAUGCGUGUUGCGACAGGGCUGUUUGAAGUCUAUGAAAGGGACAGGAAUGCCAAACUGAGGCAGUGCAGGGAGGAGAGGGAGAGGAUAGUCAGAGAGGAAAAAAGAAGAAUUCUGCAGGCUACAGUCAAUACCGGCGGCAGUGCGCCAUCCUCCUCUGUGGAGCAGCAGCACAAAGCCUCCUCUGGCUCCACUCAGCUUUCUAAAUCUGGGUCGGUGACCUCCAGCUCAGCCCCUGAUUUUGGAGUAUCCUCUAGAGCCACAGCAUCAGGUCCAACCUCUAAAACUGGCACAGGUCUUUUAUCUAAAGCCCCCACCUCCAGUCUUAGUACCUCCCCUAAAUCUGCCCAGUCCGCAAAAACUGGUUCCACAACCUCUACGCCAUCUUCAAAGGGCGGUUUCCAAGGAUCUGCCAAGCAUCCUUUGUCCUCCUCAUCUGAACAAGUAAAAACCACACGGCCACUCUCAUCUGGCCCCCCACCAGUAGUAAGGAAGUCCUCAGGCGGUAAAUCUGUGAGCACUUUCCCCAGAUCAACACCAAAACACCCUUCCUUCCCCAGAGCCAACUCUACAUUAACCUCAUCAGUGUCAAAGCCUGCAGUUCAGAACACUGGGACACCUCUGAAUGGUGUAACAGGAGGACCGUUCAUUCAGCAAAACGGACAUCUUGGAUUUCAUUCCAAAGGGCGAGGAAAAAGCCAUUCACUGGAGUCCUUACAGCGGAGGAUGGAUCACGGCUGCUCUUCCACUUCCACCACCACAACUACCACCACAUGCACCUCAUCAGAGUCAGGCGCUUCUUCUUCUUACAGCUGGGAUGGUGUAAGAGAUCACUGGGGUAAAGUCUCCAGUCCUCGAGCUCGCACUAUGGCCACUUUCAACUCCCUGAUGGGCCGCAGCCUCAGCCUUGGUGACCUGAGCCACUCUCCUCAGACGACACAGAAAGUGGAGCGCAUCGUGAAGGAGGUGAAGCGGCGAGGCCUGAAGGCCGUGUCUGAGCGCGACCGCAAGAUUGCAGCUUUGAUGCUUGCCAGAUACCAGGAGGAAGACAUCAUGAGUCAGACCCGCUAUGUGGCUCACCUUCAGUGGGAUAGUGAACGCAGAAUGGAGGAGCUACGACGAGAGCAGGAGGACCGAGAGAAGCAGCGUGCAGUGCUUCAGUGCCAGCGGGUGUGGCAGACCCAGGUGUCGAUACGUCAGCGACGACUCAGCCAGCAGGAGCGACAAUCAGCAGCUGCCAAGAUGCGACAGGCUGAGGAGAGCGAGGAGCGAUGGAGGGAGCUUGCAGAGCAGCAGGAACGUAACCGCCUGUUGAGAUUACAGCAGGCAGCACGAGAAGAGAAGCAUAAGAAAGCUCUUCAGGAACAGAAUCUGAAGGCCCUGGAGGAGGAGAGGGCGGCCAUGCUGGAACAGGAGAGGCUGCUGCUGAAAGAGAAGCUCACCAUGGCCGAGCUGAAGAGGCAAGAGAAGGAGCACCAGGCCCAGGAGGACAGACGAGGUCUGAACAAAGCAGAGAAGAGACGUCACGCCGCCCUGAGACAGGAGAUCGCACGCAGAGAGCAGGAGGAGAGGGAGGAGGCCAGGAGGGCAGCAGAGGAGAAGCUCAGCCGCUCCCUGGAGAAUUAUGAGCAGAUAGUUGAGCGUCGAGGGCAGGAGCUUAAAGAAAAGGCCAAGCGUGAGGAGAAGCAGAUUCAGAAAGCACGCAAGGCCGCAGAGAAGCGCGAAAAGCAACAGCAGCAGCUUCUGGAAUCUCGUGCAAAAGAGGCAGAGAAACGAGCCCAACAGGCGGCUUUAGUGGCCGAGGAGAGGGCCAAAGAGAAAGCUCAGCGGGCAGUCCAGACCCGGCAGGAGAAGGAAAAACUCCAGAGGCUCAACAGGCAGCGAGUGGAAGAGGAGGAGAAGCAGAGGCGCCUGGAGCUGCUCCAGUCCAUUGAGAGGAAGCUCGAGAAGAGUGAGCAGAUCUUCAAGGAAAAGAGGGCCGUGCUGGAGAGUGCUCGCUCUGUGGCCAGAGCCUCUUUUCAUGUACGAGACAAAGUACGGGAGGAGACCAACAUGCGUACUUUUGAUAAAAUGGCCCUGGAAGCUCAACUCAAAGCCAGCAUAGACGAUAAAUAAACCCAUAGCUUUGUUGUGGACUCUGGUCAUGUGCUUGGCUCUUGCCUUCAUUGUGGCCGUCAUCACUCAACAGCUUUACCCUUCUUCCCAUAAAGUCCAACAGUGUUAGUUUUUCCGAGUCUUACAUAUCUUCAGCUUGUUUCAUUAGGCUACAUUUUUGACCAUUGUUUUUUUAUAUUAGAUCCUGUCAAAGUAAACCAAAUCAUUUUGUAUCUUGGAUGUAAUGAGACUACAAACUAUAUCAGCGAUCAUAAAUGAACCGCAAAGCCUGUAUGAGACAUACAGUCGACUUCACAAUAGGUGAGAGCUUAGAGAGUGCUGCCUUGAGCAGCAACGCAACCCCUCCUCUCUCUUUCUCUUUGCCCUCUGCUCCGUCUAUCUCAGCCACUGGACUGAAAGCUGUGUGGGAAUGAAAAGAGUCAUUGUUUACCAGGAAGCACAACUCCAUGACAACUGCAGAGGCUUUUUAGUGAGCACUCUUGUAAAGGAAAAGUAAGCGCAAAUGGUUUUAGACCCCAAAGCAAAUGAGGGAUCCUUUUGUACAUGCACAGUGACACAGCCAGAUAUAGCAAUGGAAAUGAAGCCCUAGGCAGGACACUUGUCUGCACCUAACCGCUGACAUUGCAGCACAGGAAGGCCGUGUGCACAAGAGCUGUGCUGAUGAAGCAUCAGAGAACGCCAAUUCCUGCAGCAGGGACUUUCUGCCUCCCCCUGUCUCUCGUCUUCAUGUCAGAUUACACUAAACAGUGAGGGAUUCUGAGAGACAGGCAACUUUUGACUCACCCGCAGACGAUCUGCUCCCAAAACAGCCGCCUGGUGACCAAGUCAAGGUCAACAGGUCCUGGUGAUGAACGAGAGCUGGUGAUGUAAACCUACAAUCCUCGUGACAGAACCUUUCUUCCCACACUGAACUUUAUCAAAGUGUAACACACAACUUAUCUCUCCCCUGAUGAUAAAAACAUCCAUAUCAAGAGUUUUUACUCAUUUUAAACUAGUAUCAGUGCCAUCUAUUGUCCUGCUGAGAACAGGAACCCAGAUAUGAGCCUAAAGCCUUUUUACCUGCAUAAAUGAAACGACAUGUACAAGGUUCAAACACAGCUUUAUUAACAUCAAGGCAUGUUGUUCAGU